AUGUUUUUGCCUUGCCUCCAAAUCAAGCUUUACCAUCCGCAGCAGAGCUGUAAGGGCUUUUAUGGUCGUCUUCCUCUGGGAGCCAGAAGAAGACACACUGCCGACGACCCUCUCAGGCUGGGCCGUGACACCGAAACCUGUGCCUACGUCCUGCUUGAUCCCCGGGUGUCCCGUAAGCAGCUGGCGCUCUACGCCUACCACAUUCCCCAGAGCUCAGAGAUGCUGUUUACCAUCCAGAAUCUGAGCCAGAGGGGGAGACUGUCAGUGAACACCUCAGCACUGGGAUACCUGGAGAGGAUGGAUCUGCCAUACAAAGCUCUGAUCCGGUUCGGAGAGUAUGAGAUCCUGAUCAUCCGCGAGUCUGGUGAAACCAAGGCCAACUUUGAGGUAGAGUUUGAGGUGCUGGCAGCACCUCCUUCCAGAGAGACACCCAUGAGUAUGAUGAACAACUUCUCAGCUGAGCUCAGUGUACGCAACCCUCUGGAGAGUGAUGAGAUGCACUAUCCUUACUGACAUGUAUAUUGUUUAUGUUAAUGACUUAGCGAACUUACAGGCAAAUUGCUGUGGUGUUGUUACAUUAGAGUUCAAGCUGGCUGAGACAAAUCUGCCCUCUUUGUACCCUGUAGAUAUUAAAAAACUCUUAUCAUAAUAUGAUUACAGCUACAUUUAAAGCGUUUUAAAUGCAAAUGUUUUAGAACCUUAAAGCAACUUGUUUCUAUAUUUUCAGUGUAAGAAAUUAAA